AUGACCGAGGUUUCCUCCACCAGACUUUAUCUGGGAAAUCUCCCCCGUAAUGCCACCAAAGCUGAUGUUGAAGCUCAUUUCAACACUCAUGGCACAGGCGAGAUCACCGAGAUCAAACUCAUGAAUGGCUUCGGAUUUAUUGAAUACAAGGAUGCAAUGGAUGCGCGCGACGUCGUUCCUGCCUUCCACGGUUCCGACUUCAUGGGCGAACGCUUGACGGUACAAUUCGCCCGCGGUACUCGUAAUAGAGAUACCUUUGCCAAUCCUGAGCGAACUGCUCCUCGUCCCAGACGUACCCCUCAUCGAAUGCAAAUCUCUGGACUUCCAGGUGAGACCAGCUGGCAGGAUCUUAAAGACUUCGCUCGUCAAUCUAGCCUUGACGUCGUUUACUCGGAGACUGGUCGUGACCGUGAUGGCAAAGGAAGUUUCGUCGAGUUCGAAACGGCUGCAGAUUUAAAGACUGCAGUCGAGAAGCUUGACGGCCGUGAAUUUAAAGGCGCCCGAGUCACUUGCACUGCUGAUACCCAGCCUGAUCUCCCACGCGACCGUGCCAGAUCUCGCUCGCCAAUUCCUCGCGGACGACCUUACCCCAUUGAUGAUUAUGAUCGACGUGGUCCACCUCGAGGUUAUAGUCCUCGUCGUGAUGCCUACCGCGAUCGAAGCCCCCCUCGUCGUGGCUAUUAUGAUGAUGAUCGUGGUCGUUAUGGACGUUCUCCACCACCUAGACCUCGUGGCCCAAUCGAUGAUUACCCACCACCACGUCGUAGUGGUUUUGAUGAUCCUUACCGUCGUGAUUACCCUCCAGCCGACCCAUAUGUUAAUGGGCAUGGUAGACCACCAUAUGAUCGUCCUCCUCCGAGAGAUUACCCACCAAGAGAUGCUGGAUAUGCUGAUGACGGAUACCGUCGUGGCCGCUACUGGUAA